GUAUAGAGAGCAUAAAGACAUGUUAGCUUCCCGAGGGUGUUCGUCGGAUUGAACAAAUGCACAAACAACAAUUUGCACAAUGGUUCAGCAAGAAGAUCAUGAUGAUGUAUCAGGAGAAUCCUAAAAGUGUGAGUCUUUCUCUAUUAUCUCUAGCUCGUGGACCAGAUAAAAGAGUCAGUUCCCACUCAUGUUAUUACAUUAAUGAAUUUCGAUUUCACACAAAAAAUCGUGAACAAAAUCGGCGUACUCAAAAUAGUGGUGUGAUGGUGAGAGGGGAGAAUGAAGGCAACAUUCCUUAUUAUGUUACUCUUAUUAAAGUCAUUGAACUCUGAUACACAGAAGGCCUUCGAGUGGUGCUUUUUCAAUGUG